AUGGACCCCUUUCAGGAUCCAAGCCCUUCUCGUCAGAACCACCACGACUUGGAGGAACUCAUGUCUGCCACUCCGGGAAGAAAGCGUGUUGGCUGGAGCUCAGAACCUUCUGCCAGCCGUUCCGUUCAAUCGCCCGAAGACACCGGCUCCGCAGGUCACAACACUCCCCUCGAACGCUCAGACGUAUCACAUGACGACCUGCAGAAGAUUCGGGCUUCACUACGCUUAGCUCUUGGAGACGAAAAUCUUCCCGAAGAAGUCAUACAGGAACCUACUACAUCAAAGGAUGUACAGAAGCCACGCCCAGCUAUUCGAAAAGCCGGUCCCCGCACCCCACCGCCGGAGUUCUACCUCAACGAUCAACCCAAUACCUUUGACGAUGACACAUCAUCCAGACAGCCUUCUGUUGGACAAGACCUCAAAGAACGAUCUGGUCUGGCUGCCCAACGCCGCGCAACAAGACUAUCCAAGUCAGUCGGGACAUACUCAGCUCCAGCAUCAAGGCGUAACUCCAAAGAGCUCAUCUCACCGCCUGUAGAGCUUCUGGGCUUGUCUCAACAGCAUGAGUCUAUAGGGGAAACCACUGAUGAUGAUGAAGAUGACCCUCGCUUCAUGAAGCGCGCAUCCAUGAUUCUUCGCCAACACACCAUUCGAGAAGCUAACGGUCUUCCUCCUCUGAGCGCCGAAGAUCUUUAUCACACUCAAGCACCGCUUCAGUCUGGGCAAGUCACACCAGAUGCAAUCGAGGUCGAGGACGAGCGGGUUGAUCGUCCGACCAAGUACCGGACAGGAGUGCUUGGUACUCUCAUGAAGAUGUCAAGUCAUGCGGCAGCUCCUUCGGCACGCAAGAAUACUCUCCAUCGGUCAGUGAGCACCGGCACGUUCAGCGGAGUGUCGACAGCAGCAAACUCCCCGAACCCAUCACCGCCUGUCUCCGGAUACUCCACUCCGCGUGGGAGUCGCUCAUGGUUCCGAAACCACCACCGCAACCAAUCUGCCACAUCUGUGUCACAGUUGGUUGGAUCGUCUGCGCACAGCUUUGCUACACCAGCCCAGAAAGAGCUCGGCCAAGAACUCGACGAACAGUACAAGAAAGCCCGCCCCGGCAUGGGCAAGCGGUCCAAAUCCGACGAUUCUAUACUGCCCUUCAAAAAGGCCAGGAGGAGGGAGGAGGAGAUAAGGAUCAAGAUUCAUCUUGCUGGUACUCUGGCACGUCAGAACUAUCUCCGCAAGCUCUGCAAGGCACUGAUGAUGUAUGGUGCGCCUACACAUCGUCUCGAAGAGUAUCUCAGCAUGUCUGCCCGUGUUCUGGAGAUUGAAGCGCAGUUCUUAUACAUGCCGGGCUGCAUGAUUAUUGCCUUUGAUGAUUCCUCGGUUCACACUAGCGAGGUAAAGCUUGUGCGUACAAGUCAGGGCGUCGAUCUGGGCAAACUACGCGACGUCCACGAGAUCUACAAGGAUGUCGUUCACGAUCGCAUUGGUGUAGAAGAAGCCACACCGCGUCUCGAUGCCAUAAUGACUCGCAAGCCCAAGUUCAACAGGUGGCUCAGAGUGCCAAUGUACGGUUUGGCAUCUGCCACUGUCGGUCCAUUUGCCUUUCAGGCUCGAUUCAUCGAUCUGCCCUUUUGCUUCCUGCUAGGCUGCAUCAUCGGAUGGUUGCAACUUGUCGUCGCUCCAGGCAAUGACCUUAUCAGCAACGUCUUCGAGAUUGGCGCGUCAGUCAUCACUAGCUUUGCGGCUCGAGCGCUCGGGUCCAUCCGCCACGACGGCAAGGAGAUUUUUUGCUUUAGUGCCAUGGCGCAGUCCAGUAUUGCCCUCAUCCUGCCCGGUUUCAUGGUUCUCUGUGCUUCGUUGGAACUCCAGAGUAAGCACAUCGUUGCAGGCUCUGUUCGCAUGGUUUACGCAAUCAUCUACUCUCUCUUCCUGGGAUUCGGCAUCACCAUCGGCACAGUCUUGUACGGCAUGAUGGACAAGAACGCAACCUCACGUACUACGUGCCACGACCCCAUGUCGACCAACUUUUACUAUCUCUUCGUUCCGGCCUUUGCAAUCUGCCUGCAAAUUGUCAACCAAGCAAAGUACAAGCAGAUGCCUUCGAUGACUGUGAUUGCAUUCAUCGGCUGGGUAGUCAAUUUCCACAGCUCCAAGUACUUUAAGAGCAGUGCGCAAGUCAGCAACACGCUUGGCGCUCUCGCCAUUGGAAUUGCUGCCAAUGUACAUGCUCGCUUUGGCCGCCACGUUGAAAACUGGUGUCUGGACACAUGGGAGUUCAAGAUGCGCCCUCACCUUGUGAAGUGGCGCAAAAUCUAUCGCAAAAAGAACACUGGUAUACUUCGCACCCCCAAGGUUGAGCGUUCAGCCUACGACCCUACGCGCACGGGUAGUGACCCUACCUCACGAGCCAGCUCCAUCAGCGACUUCACGCCUCAUGUCCGCAAAAUCGGCUAUGGGCUGGCGGCUGCUGCCAUGCUACCGGCCAUUUUUGUUCAAGUGCCUUCUGGCCUCAGUGUGCAAGGCUCACUUGUGUCUGGUCUAACUUCGGCCGAUCAAAUCGUGCACAACAGCACGGGAAAUGCAACGACGAUCAAUGGUGCGAAUCUCGGGAACGCUAGCAUCAACUCUAUCGCACUCGACGUGGGUUUCUCUGUCGUGCAGAUUGCAAUCGGCAUCACUGUUGGUCUGUUUUUAGCGGCACUUAUUGUGUAUCCACUCGGCAAGAGGAGGUCAGGACUGUUCAGUUUCUAA